ACAUUAUUGUUAUGUAAUGGUUGAGGAGAUUGAAAGAAAAAAGAAACAAAAGGAGGAUCGAGCGGCCAUUGGGAGAGAGACAGUUUUAGGAAGAGGGACACAGUUAGGUUGUGUUGGAGGCCCUUCUUCUUUACCUCCAUAUCGUCCCACUCAGUUUGCUACUGUUGGUGCUUCCGUUUUUGCUUCUGCUUCUAUAAGUGGCAGUGCCACCGCCACUUCUCAUGCUCCUACCACUAGUAGUUGUAGUGGGAAUGUUACCAUUGGACCUAGGAUUCGUAAAUCUAGGUUAGAUUCCUUCUUUGUGCCUCGCACUACUCCUGGGUCCCAACCGUCGCUUGAGGGGAUGGGUUGAAACAAGGAGGUCCAUGAUGCUGCUAAAAUGGCAAUUGGCAGGUUUUGGAGCUACAGCUGUAUUCCAUUCUUUGUAGCCAGGUCUCCUUAUUGGCAACAAAUGGUUGAUGCCAUUACCAUAUGCGGGGCGGGGUUCAAAGCCCCUAGUGAGAGUGAUUUGAGGGGACCCAUUUUGUCUCAAAUGGUGGAUGAUGUGAAAAAGGAUUUAGAUGAACAACCCCACAUAUGGAGCACUAAAGGUUGCACCAUCAUGACUGAUGGUUGGACGGAUAGGAGAAAUAGAACUCUUCUUAAUUAUCUUGUUUCUUCCGCAGGGGGCACCGUUUUCAUCAAGUCCAUUGAUGCCUCCGCCCAUUGCAAGAAUGCCACCUACCUAUGUGAGCAGAUAGAGGAGGUGAUUGAAGAUGUGGGUGAGGAGAACGUGGUACAGGUGGUGACCGACAAUGCAGCAAAUUAUGUUGCUGCGGGUAGACUAUUGAUGGAGAGGCACCCAUCUAUAGUUUGGACUCCAUGUGCUGCUCAUUGCAUUGACCUCAUGUUGGAGGAUAUUGGAAAAAUCCCAUGGGUCAAGAGAUGUGUAGAAAGGGCAAGAAAUGUCUGCAAAUUUGUAUAUAAUCAUUCAUGGGUGUUGGCUCUUAUGAGACAAUACACAGAGCAGAAGGAGUUGCAUCGUCCAGGAAUCACAAGAUUUGCCACAAACUUCCUCACAUUGUAGUCCAUGCUUAGGUCUAAGCCUGCCUUGAGACGUAUGAUUGUUGGUGAGGAGUGGUCUUCCUCAUCCUAUGCUACCACCCCUGCAGGGAUAGAGAUGGCAGACUGCAUUUUUGAUGAGCAAGGCUUUUGGGUCCCUUGUGAUGAGAUAGUGAAGUUUGUUAAGCCCUUGGUGGUUUUGUUGCGAGUUGCGGAUGGAGAUAAGCCCGCAAUGGGCUCUAUAUAUGAGGGCAUGGAUAGGGCGAAGGAGGCCAUCAAAUUCGUCUAUGGAGCAGAUGAGAGCAAGUAUGGUCCCAUUUGGGAGAUCAUUGAUAGGAGAUGGCAUCAUCAGCUACAUAGGCCCAUCCAUGCGGCAGCCUAUUAUCUGAAUCUGGCAUUCCGUUUUAUCCCUUCUUUCAAGGCUGAUGCGGAGGUCCUUAAUGGGCUAUAUGCAAUCAUGGAGAAGGUGGGACCUGCUGGUACUUCUCAGAUAGACCUUUUUCGAGAGCUACAGAUGUUCUCAGAUGCACAAGGGGAGACCUUCUCUCGUCCUGUCGCCAAAGACGGUAGGACAACUAUGAUGCCAGAUCAUUGGUGGAACUUUUUUGGCCCAGAGACACCAAAUGUUCAAAAGUUGGCCAUUCGUAUCUUGAGCCAACCAUGUAGCGCAUCAGGUUGUGAGCGCAAUUGGAGUAUGUUUGAGCACAUACACUCCAAGAGGCACAAUAGAUUAUCUGUGGAGAAGAUGAAUGAUCUCAUCUUUGUUCACUACAACCUCCGCCUGAGAAUGAGAAAGAAUGCAACAGUUGACAUGUCUCCUAUCAUUCUAGAUGAGGUUGAUCUUGAAGCAGAGUGGGCCAAUGAGAAUCAAACAGCUCCUGGGACUCCUGUAGCUGUAUUUAGUGAUGAUGACAUUGAUUGGAUCGACCAGGUAGAUAUAGAGGCUGAGGCUGGAGCCAUGGCAGAGGAGGAGCAGAGAACACGAGCAGAGACAGGAAAUAAUGAGACUUGGAGUGACACAGCUGUUCCUGAUGUUGGUGAGCAUGACACAGCUGUUCCUGAUGUUGGUGAGCAUGGCAUGGUGUCACAGGGAGCAACUAUGGCUGCUGAAUCAUCCAGGACCUACUUUAAACGCCUUCGUAGGGGGCCAGGGCGAGAGGGUGCACGGCCAUCUCAGCCAUAGGCUUGUACACUUGUAGUUGUAUUUGGUUUUACUAUUUACCUUUGGUAUUUGUAUGAAACAUUUGAUGAUGAUCAUAUGAU